AUGUCCUCGGAGAUGGCUUGGCCUCCUGUUUCACCCCAUGCCGCGCUCCUGAGCUCUCCAAGCGGACGCAAGAAAUACCAAGCCUACCGCGAUGGCACAUCCCCAAUGAAACGAUCGGCGACGACACCUAGUCUGGUCGACCGGCUGCGCGCAGCACGCACGAACAACGACUUCAGGACUCGAGAUGAAAGCGUUGAGGAGCAACAACAAGAAGAAGACGAAGAGACGCUCCAACUUCAAUUAGCAGCAAUCGAGGCGAAGUUGAAAUUGAAGAAGCUACAACAGAGCAAGGCUCGGGUUGCAACUCCUGCUGGAGAUGUGGUCCGGCCCACGUCUGCUCAUGCACCAGCUGCUUCGCAGAUUGAGGUGAAAGCUUCUCCAAGUAGACGAAUACAACCCCCGGUGUCGAAAUCGCCAACCAGGGUUCUUCUAGGAAUCGACAAGGGUAUCCGAGCCGCCGAUGUAUCACUCCGCAGAGCCAAUACUACCAAUGGUAGUCAUCGCUCCACGAGAACGAACGGAUCACUUCCCAGCAACGAUAGACCGCCGUCCCAGACCUCAGUAUUCAACUCAGCGCGAUCAGUGACCUCAUCUAGGUCGAACGUAGGGAGCGAGCCACGGAAAACAUUCAGCGAGCGAAUGGCAGAAGCCCGCCAACGGGAGACGAACCUUGAACAACGUCGCGCCACAGCAAUCCAAAAUCGCAGCAGAGGGUUCGCCCUCGACCAAACGGAAAUAGAGCAGUAUAGAUCAAGGGCGGAGGAAUCACGCCAUCAACAACCAUCCAAGUCACCCACACGACAAUAUUUCGAAUACAGUCGUGAUGAAGUCCUCCAUGCCGCAUCAGAAGCUAACGUGGGCGGUCGGCAGCUUAAGAAGAGUCGAACCAUGCCCAAUCUCAGAACAUCGCCAUCCAGGCACAGUGUGAAUCCAGAGACCCAAUCGGGAGACGCAACUCUUUUCGAAGGCUUCUCCGGACUACACCUGUCUUCGCGAAUCCUGCCACAUUCGUUCCUCAAAAGGACCCUUCCCACCGAACAGUUUACCAUCCUACGCAUCCCAGAUCUCCUCAAGGUUGUCAAAUCUCCUGCAUACGACCUGCCCGAAUCUGUGUGCGACUAUGUUGUUUUUGCGGUGAUCGCCUCCAAAUCCUCCCCCAUGGACCAUAAGACACCCAAUACCGACAAUGGCACCGUUGGGACUAAGGACUGGGAACGCCAAUGGGAGGACGGCUCUCGCAACCACCGGCGUUUCAUGGCUCUGACCCUUACAGACUUGAGUUGGACCAUCGACUUAUACCUUUUCAGCACUGCCCUCCCUCGCUACCACCGGCUCACGCCAGGCACUGUCGUGGCUAUCCUUAACCCGGGAAUUAUGCCUCCGAAGCCGGGGAAAGCCGAUACUGGCGCAUUUUCUCUGUCCCUUUCUGAUGAUUCCGAUACCAUUCUGGAAAUCGGCACAGCUCGAGAUUUGGGAUAUUGUAAGACUAUAAAGAAAGAUGGGAAGGAAUGUGGGAGUUGGGUCAACGCAGCGAAGACGGAUAUUUGCGAAUGGCAUCUCAAUGCGGAAAUUAACAGGACAAAGGCUCAAAGAAUGGGCGUAAACACUGGCACGAGUGGCUUCGGGGUAUGGAAGAAUCGUCCCAAGACAAGAGACGAGGAUGGCGGAAAAGGUGGCCUGUUGACGAGAGACGGACGGCGAUAUGACAGGACGACAGAAAGUCACUAUUACAUCGCCAGCACAGGACCCAAAAGUGGCGGGAGUGGUCGCCGCACAGGCGUAGGUUCACAUCUUCUGGACAGCGACCACCCAUUUCUGCCUGGGCAAGACGGUGAGCUCUCCCGUCCCAGCGACCGCGAUACUCGCCUAAGAAAACGUCUCGCCGUGCAGGCGAAAGAGCGCGAGAUCGCGCAGAGACUCGGCUCGAGAGAGCACCGCGGAUUCGGGUUCGAAAGCGCCGGUGCGGAGUACAUGCGGCAGAAGACGAGGACGAAGAUGAGGGAGGACGACGCAACGAAAGAUAAACAGACUGCAAGGACCAUGGCCGUGGGCGAGACAGAAACUCGCCGGCACUCCGGUCCCAUUUCCGGGAGUAUCCUGACCACCACCAACGAGAACAGAAAGCGUAGUGCCGCCGACGUGCGUCUCUCCCCAGUGAAGAAGACGCGCUUCGUCACUGAAAAGGGCAUCAGAGAGGCGGGCCGAGAAUCCAUUGGGGCGGUAGGUGGUCCAGGACCGGGUGGUGGGUGUGAGAGUGAAAGCGAGGAUGAGUUGGAAAUUGUUUGA